CUCCAGCCCUCCCUCCCCCCUCCUCCUCCCCUCUUCGCGUCGUCGUGCCUCCCUGCUCUGCCCCCCUUGUCCUUCUCUCCGAGCUUCCACCGUUCCCCCCUCCCCCGCCACCAUGCUCCCGGCCCGGGGCCUCCUGCUGGCGGCCUUCCUGGUCGCAGCCUUGGCCGCUGCCGCCCUGGCUGGCGAGCCUGGCAAGCUGCUCUGGCUCGGCGAAACGGUCUACGGCUUCCAAUGGCAGCCGGACGCCGGCAUCUUCGGAUGCGCCCCCUCAUACUCGGCCCUCGAAGUGGCCGGCUUCUCGGUGUGCAUCCCUGUCGUCUCUGGCAGCACCUACAUGUGCCCACCACUCCAUGUGCUCGAUGGGGAAUACUGCCGGCCGGUGGCAGCCAUCCCGCCCGGGUACUUUGCCGACCCCGCGGGCAACCUCGCCCCCUGCCUGGAGAUGGAGCCCGACGUGCCGGAUUUCCGGUACAUGGAUGCCGAGUGCGAAAGUCACCUCGACGAGAACAACGAAUUUUCCCUCAUCUUCACCCGCUGCCCGGUGGGCCAUGUUCCCCGCGAUGGGCAGUGCAUGUUUGCCUACUGCCAGAGUGUGCAAGAUUGCCACGGCCGCGUGGCCGGCUGCCUGAGUUGCCCGGAAGGCCGCCUGCUCACCAGGCAGGGCUUCUGCAUUGAGAGCGGGAUGUGCAAAAAGGCCGACAGGCAGUACUGCCUCGAAUUCGACAUCAACCGGCUGCCCUACGACGACAUUCCCAUGGGAUACGCGUGCCCGGAGCCGGGCCCCGGCGAGUUGAUGGCCCGACGCGCCAUCGACCCCCCGGCAUCGAUGGCCUCCGACAUCGUCACCGACAAUCCCCACUGCCUGACGGCCAUCGGGCCCUUCUCCUUCCACUGUCUCACCUGCCGGCUGGGAAUGUCGCUGGUGCCGACCGACGAUCCGACCGAGGCCGGCGGCCAGCCGGUGGGCCGGUGCCUGGAGCGCUGCCCGGCCGGGCGCUUCCUCAAUGCCCAGGGCAUUUGCCAGGCCUGCCCGAGCAAUUGCGCCCGGUGCGAAGAGCCCACCCGGUGCCUGCAGUGCCUUCGGUCGCACUUCCUGAUGGACGGGGUCUGCCAGGGCACCCAGCCGGACUGUCCGCCGGGGACGGCCUACGAGUUGGUCCCUGGCCGGUGCACCGCCUGCGGCAAUCCCCACUGCAGCGAGUGCAUGGACAACUUCCCGGAUGUGUGCCUGGCUUGCGAGCCGGGACACAUCCUGGCCGGGGGUGACUGCCUGCCGGCCAAUGGGGGCUGUGAGCCGGGCUUCCGGCUGAAUGAAGCCAGCCCCAGCAUGCCGGCUGGCACCCUGUGCGUGGCUUGCCCCAUCGGCUGUGACACAUGUCAAAACAGUGGGUCUUGCGUGGUCUGCUCGCGGGGGUUCGCCCUGAGCCCGGCCUCGGACAAUUCGAACUUCAUGCAGUGCGUCCAUGCGGGCUGUCCCUUCGGGCACUUCCGGCUGCCGGAUGCCCCGGCCGGUAGCCCGUGCCUGCCCUGCAACUCCUCAUGCCACGGAUGCAACCCGGAUACCGGGUCCUGUCUCAGCUGCAAGUCGUCCUUCCUGCUGGCCGAGGUGGCCGAUGGCACGUCGGCCAGUGGCACCCCCCCUCCCCCGGCCACUCCUCACAUGGAUUGCCUGGAAACCUGCCCCCCGGGAACCGGCCCGCUCAUGGGCCGCUGUCGCCCCUGCCAGGAUGCCGGGUGCGGUGAUUGCCAUCUGUCGAGCGCCUUUUGCAUGGUGUGCGCCGCGGGCUUUGUCCACUCGCCGGAUCGGGAAUCCUGCAUGACCGCCUGUCCGGGCGGCCAUUUCCCGGAGACCGUGGCCCUUCCUUCGGGGUCGGAUUUGCACUACUGCUCGGCCUGCCCGGCCUCUUGUGUUUCCUGCUCCGGGCCUUCCUUCGACCAGUGCACCGCCUGCCAGGCUUCGCGGCUUUUCGUGGCAUCCCCGUCGGCCAGCUCGACGGCGGCCACCACCCUGUCCUUGGAUCCGCCGCAGGAUGCCUUGAGCACCACGGUGACCGGGCACUGUGCGUGGGAGUGCCCGGGCCUGGGCUUCUUCGAGACCGGGUCUCUGUGCCUCAAGUGCCCGGAUGACUGUCGGGAAUGCACAUGGGCCGGUGACGGUCCGACGGGGCAGCCCACCGCAGCCCCGCUGGACUCGCCGCCUCGGCUCAAGUGCACCAGGUGUGCCAUCAAUUUCCUGCAUGCGGGUGCCUGCGUGGCCGCCUGCCCGAUGGACACCUAUUCCUACAACGCCACGUGCUUGCCCUGCCACGAGGAUUGCAUCUCCUGCGAUGGGCCCCUCCGCCAGGACUGUCGCAUUUACACCGACGAGCUGUCCUCCUCCUCGUCGCUCAUCAUUGCCCUCAUGGUGACCAUCAUCAUCUUGCUGAUUGUGGCCGUGGUGGUGGGCGUGGCUUUCGCCAUGCUGCGCUGGUGGCGGCGGCAGCAUCUCCGCCAAACCGAGGCCCACAAGCUCGGCAUGGAUGGGUACUCCAUGGCGGACUCCGGGACCAGCGGCUCGGACUCGCAGCUGGACCAGGAAAUGACCGUGCUCAACACCGACCUGGAGCUCUCGCUGCCGGGGUCCGUGUGCUUGGAUUUCGUGGAUGACAUCCGCAUUGUCGAUCAGUUCGGCCGCCAGGUGGAUUUGGACCAGCAGGAGGAGGAGGAGGAGGACCCGACCGUGGCUGCGGCCGCCGGUGAUCCCCUCCCGGAGCCCGUGUCUCUGGACCCCACCAGUAAGAAGAUCCUGGACAACCUGGAGCUCAGCGGCAUCAAGCCCCUGGGUCGGGGCGGCCAGGCCCGCAUCUACUCGUGCCAUGUGCUGAACGAGCCCAUCAACCAGCGCUUCAAUGUGGAUCAGGCCGUGGUGAAGAUCUUCAAUGUGCCUGGCCCGAAUGCCCCGGCCAAGGCGGCCAUCCAGGCGCGCGUACAGCGCAACAAUGAAAUCGCCAUCAUGUGGGCCCUAUCGGACAAGCCGGGCAUCGCGCGCAUGAUCGGCUAUUGCAUGACCCCGCCGUGCCUGGUGAUGCAGUACUACACCAGCGACCUGCGCACGCUCAUUCGCGAUUCCAAAACCCGCCUCAAUGAGCAGCUCAUCCUCAGCCUCAGCCUGCAGAUUGUGGCCGGUGUGCAUACCAUCCAUGCGGCCGGCAUCGCCCAUUGCGAUCUGAAGCCCAGUAACAUCUUCCUCGGGAGCACGGUCGGCGGCGAUCCGUCCGCCAUCCGGGCCUUUAUCGGGGACUUCGGCGUGGCGCGCAACAUCAAUGUCCCCUCGGCCCUGACCAUCGAGGAUCGCGCAGGCGUGCAUGGGCUCUCCGCGCGCUACGCCGCUCCCGAGCUGCUGAUUGCCCAUCGAAAGCGCAUCAUGGUCGAGGAGGAGGCCCGCCGGCCGGCCGACAUCUACGCUCUGGGGAUGCUGCUGUCGGAGCUGCUCACCCGUCGGCCAUCAUGGAAGGGCGUUCCGCCCCGGGCACUUUUCGAGCGGGUCCUCAGUGGCGAGCGCCCGCCGCUGCUCCCCCUGCAAUCGGACCUGGAGCUCAGCUCCAAGCUCAUCGGCCAGCUGGCGUCGGUGGUCGAUCAGGCUUGGGAUGCCUGGCCCGACCGUCGGCCCUCGGCCGACCAGAUUCUCAACCACCUGCGCAUGAUCAGCCGGCCGGAGUGGAUGGCCAAUCUUGCUGGGCAAAUGUCCGGUCCCGGGCACUGAUGGAGGUGGUGGUGCUGCCCCCCUGUGCGGGUUUACCUGCGUGCAUCUGCACGCGUGCGCACACACACAUACACACGCUCAUUGGGCUGAAGGACGGCGGGUAGGCAGGGCCAGGGGGGGGGGACGGAGGAUGCGAGUAGGCACCGGAUAGCGCAACCGCACGAGCCCCAUGUCACACAUACACACGUGUCUGCAUCCUCCCUCUGCCUCCUCCCUCCCCCCCCCC